CACCCUCAAUUGUCUUUCUCUUCGCAAACGUCACUUUGUGGUAUUGUUUUGCGACAAAUAUUUUUUCAACAAAUUUAACUUUGUUUUCGUGUGAAAAAUUUUUGGAAAACAUUAAAUUCUUGCAAAAUGCCUCAUAUGGUAACAAUGGAAAAUGGCCAAAGCCAAACUAUACAGGAAAUGUUGGGCUGCAUUGAAAGAUACAAUCCCGAUCAUUUGAAAAUUUUAGAAGCCUAUGUUGAAGAUCAGGCCAAGAAUAACACUUAUGAUUUGGAAGCUAAUUUGGCAGUAUUAAAAUUGUAUCAAUUCAAUCCUCAUAUGUUGAAUUUUGACAUCACCUAUACCAUCCUAUUGAAAUCACUGACUAAUUUGCCACAUACCGAUUUUGUAAUGGCCAAGUGCUUGCUGUUGCCUCAACAGAUGAAGAACGAAACCGUACAGACUAUAAUCGAUUUGGCUGAUAUUUUGGAACGUACAGAUUUCACUUUGUUCUGGCAGAGGGCUGAAGUUAAUAAAAGCAUUUUCCGUCACAUUCAGGGUUUCCAUGAUUCGAUACGCAAAUUUGUUUGUCAUGUUGUGAAUAUUACUUUCCAAACUAUUAAGAAGGAUUUGUUGAAGGAAAUGUUGGGCGGCAUUGAGGAUGCCACUUUAGACAAAUGGAUGAAACAAUAUGGCUGGAAACGUGAUGGCAAUUUGGUGAUUGUUGCUUCACAAGAUGAAAAGAUCAAGACCAAGAAUAUUACAGAAAAAAUUGAGUUCGAUAAUGUCGGUGGUUUAAUGGCCCAAUGUUUGUAAGAGAUGAAUGGCUAAAGCAUAACCAUAAUUUAAACAAAUUAAUAUUAAGCUAACAAUAUAUCUCUGUUCCAAUACCCAGACUUUUUUUAUUCUCCUUUGCAUACAAGAGUGUAAUAAUUGAAAAAUUAAACCCCCAAGAUAAAACAAAGUAAAAUAAAAAAUGCAAAGUGUUUUAUACAAAAAAAGAACAAAA